UCUCCUAACUUCCUAAUGUUUUCUACUCUGAACAACAAGGGUUUGGGGAAUGGGUAGGGGUUCAUCUGCUUUUCUUUGCUAAUGGGGGAAGAGAAGUGUAACAAGGAAGGUCAGUAAAAGAGCCUCAGGUCACAGCAUUCCCCCAGCCGAAUGAGUGCAGGGCGUCUCUUCCCCGCGCAUCAGCAGUGCGGCCCGAGGAUGCUGGUUCCACUGGGGGUCCCCUCCUUUUCACCGCCACCACCCCGCGCGGACAGACAGAUCCGAGGCCGGAGCCUCCGCCUCCUUCCGUCCUCGGUCAGGCCCAGUGGCUGGUGGCCGGAGGAAGCUUUCCCCACGUCCUCACGACCUCCCCGCACCGCCUUUGGGUGCGAUGCUCCGCUGGGUGCGUGGCUUCGUCUUGCCCACCAGCGGCAACAACGAAGACAAAGAGUCCAACCGCCGCUUUGAAAACCUAUUCUGGCAGCUGGACCGCUAUGGGACCGGGAAGGUGGACAUUGUCCAGCUGCAAGAGGGCCUACUGCAGCUGAGCGCCGCCCCCAGCCAGGAUGCUUCAAAAUCUGGAGAUUCUGAAAAAGAUAUGAAGAAAGUCUUUGAUGAAUUUAAGAAGUAUCUUAAAAACCGUGGGAAAAAAUUGAAGCUGACAUUUAAAAGUCUGGAAAAAAGUGACAGUGGAAAAGUUGAACCUUCAGAUAUUGUCCAGGCUUUCAAGAUACUGGGUACAAAUGUCUCUAAACUACAGGCAACAUACAUUCUUCGAAGCCUAGAUGAAGAGGGGACCAUGUCAGUGGACUGGAAUGAAUGGACAAGCUAUUUUUUAUUUAAUACAAUAGCAAAUUAUGAGGAGAUGAUCCAGUUUUGGAAACAUUCCACUAUAAUCGACAUAGGGGAGAGUUUAUCUAUUCCAGAUGAAUUCACCGAAGAUGAUAGAGUCUCUGGCCAGAGGUGGAGACAUGUGUUGGCAGGAAUGGUAGCUAGUGCCAUCUCUCGAACAUGUACAGCUCCGUUAGAACGUCUGAAGGUCAUAAUGCAGGCUCAAAAUUUACCACUAGUGACACUGAAUCUCAAGACUGGCUUUGAGAAUAUGUUGAAGGAAGGAGGCGUCAUUUCUUUUUGGAAGGGAAAUUAUAUGCAUGUUCUCAGAAUUGCACCUGAGACAUCAAUUAAAUACUGGUCAUAUGAAAAGUAUAAAAACUUGCUUGCUGCUGAGAGGACCACGAUGGGACUUAUAGAUAGGUUUGUUUCUGGAUCUUUGGCUGGAAUCACUGCACAGACCUUGAUCUACCCCUUGGAGGUUUUAAAGACCAGGUUGGCUUUAGAUUCAACUUCAAGAUACACAGGGAUGUCUAAUUGUGUCCAGAAGAUGUUGAAGUAUGAAGGAUUCAAAACCUUUUACAAAGGUUAUAUUCCUAAUACACUAGGCAUCAUACCUUAUGCAGGUAUAGACCUAGCUGUGUUUGAGCUGUUGAAGAAUUUUUGGUUGCGACAUUAUUCAAGAGACUCUGUAAACCCUGGGAUCCUAUUACUACUGUCAUGUGCUACAUUGUCUAGUACUUGUGGUCAGUUAGCCAGCUACCCUUUCACUCUAGUGAGAACUCGCAUGCAGGCUGAAGAAACAUUGAGAGGAAUUCCACCACUGAAGAUGAUCAGACUGAUUAAAAUCAUAAUUGCCACAGAGGGAGUGAUAGGAUUCUACAAGGGCAUCAUACCAAAUGUUGUGAAGGUGCUUCCAGCAGUCUGCAUAAGCUACACAGUUUAUGAGAAAACAAAGAGAAGGCUGGGAGUAGUCGAGGUGUGAAAUGUUGAACUGCUGUUAUUAGCAUACUUGCUUAAAAGAAUGACAGUUUUUGAUGGAUUCUUCUCUAAAAAUUGUAACGAUCUUUGUGAACAGAGUUUAUAUCUUAGUCCCUCAAGGGAGGAAUGUAUCAGCUAGCAUUUAUAACAUUUUAUUUUAAUUUUAUAUGUGAUAAAUGAAUCUGUUAAAAUCCUUUAAAAACAUAGAAUUCUAUUUGCU